AUGAACUCAAAUGUUUCAAAAAUACACGUAGGCGAUGGUGUCUUAGUGGUUGGGCAAGAACAAGAUGAAGUUGGAGGUGGCUUCAGCAUAUUGGAAACAUUCGUUGGAAGUUUAUCCAGAUUUAAUAUUUGGAGUCGCAUGCUGGAGGACAAGGAAAUAAGCGAUCUGUACAACAAGUGUGACGAAUUCACUGGAAAUGUUCUUGCAUGGCCGGAUUUGAUCCACAGUUUAGUUGGGAAUGUUCAAGUGGAUCCUUCCGUUCUUUGCUCAGGUAGAGAUGGUUCAAAUAGUAAAUUUGACCAAAGAUCAAAUAGCCGAAUAGUUUAUUCACUGGACACGCAAUACCAAAAAAUCCCAAUUUUGAAAACAACUUGUCUUGAACCAAAUCCGAUAACGAAUGGAAAUAUCAUUUGGACAUCAAUUUCAUAUAAUUCAUAUAUUCAAUAUUCUUGUUCAUCUGGUUACAAUAUGAAAGGUACCUCAAGAAGACAGUGCCAUGCCUCAAAUGAGUGGAGCAGCACAGAGCCCUCUUGUGAAAAAUUACAAUGUCUUACAUUGCCCGCUGUUUACAAUGCAACAUGGACAUUUUCUGAGAAUUAUUUCGAAUCAGUAGCAAACUUCAGUUGUGACUACGGUUUCAAAAUAAUAGGCAACAAUCAUGUAGUUUGCGAAGACGAUGGUGUGUGGCGUGGUAGUCUUGGAUACUGUCAAGAAAUAACUUGUAAUAUGCCUGAAUUAUCUGACAAACUGAUUUACAUUCACAACGAAUCUAUUUCAAUAUUAAACGUCGAUUCAGUUAUGGUGUUUGACUGCAUCAGUGGUUAUAAUUUGAUUGGUUCCAACGUUUUGAAAUGCACUGACAAAAGUUUGUGGGAUAACGAAGUGCCUUACUGUCAGCCGGUGAAAUGCAUUGAACCUCCUAUCUUAAAUUACGGUUUCAUAACUAAUCAAUCACUGGAGUAUUAUUACGGCGAUGUGGUACAUUACAAUUGCAUUCAAAAUUAUAUUUUCCGGGGCGAAACUUUCAUAACAUGUUUGGAAGAUGGUUUGUGGGAUGAAAAGAUGCAGGAAUGCAUACCAAUUACAUGUCCGCCGAUCUACGUUGAAAAUGCAAUACAAUCAUCACCAGAUGUUUUAGCCGUUGGUGCAAAGAUAGAAAUUGCAUGUAUCGAUGGGUACGACCCGAUUGGAGGAAUGGAAUUAUAUUGUUUGGGCAAUGGUACUUGGUCUGAAAUCAUUCCGUUGUGCACGUUGGGCAGCUGUUCAGAGCUGAACGUGCAACUGGUGCCACAUCUCAAAAUUGUGAAUGUCAAUGAACUCACAUUUGGUGUUGGUUCGAAAGUUCACUUUUCAUGUGAAGAUGAUUACGUGAUUAAAGGUGCAUCAUCCAUUUACUGUGGAAAAAAUAAAACUUGGUCUCACGAUAUGCCCGUUUGCGAAAAUAUUCAUUGCAUUGUUCCUACUUUAACGAGUAGUGAAUUACUUGUUAAUUAUUCACAGCCCAAAAUUUUAAGAGGUUCAAUGAUUGAAUUCAAAUGCAAACCAGGAUACAGGAUAUCUGGCAGAGAUUCACUGUCUUGUCUGGGGAAUGACCUUUUUGACGGUCAUCUGCCUCUCUGCCACCAAAUAACGUGCCGCAAACCAGAAAUAGAUUACGGUUUUAUUCUAAGUGACGAAUUGUUUUUAGAAGACAAUAAAACUUACCAUGUUGAAUGCAAUGAAAAUUAUUUUCUGAACGGAACCUCUACUAUAAAAUGUCUAGACAAUAAAGUUUCACCUCAGCCUCUACCCAAAUGUUUGCCUGUACUAUGUGAAGCAAUAAGUAUAUCAAAUGGAAUGCUAAUUUCAAAAAAUAAAUCAAAUAUUUUUUCGCCUGGAAGUAAAUUAGAAUUCAAAUGCAUUAACCAUUACAAGUUAAUUGGUUCGCACGAAGCAAUUUGUGAUCAGUUUGGCAAUUGGAGAUAUGCAAUUUUUCCAUCAUGCGUUGAAGUAGAAUGCCCGUCUUUAGCGUCAAAUAUAGGUUUAAUAACACUAAUCUAUAAUUUUUCGACGUCACAUUUUUCUCAAAUUUCUCAAGAAGUUAAGUUUGUUAUAGGAUCCAAAAUAAAAUUUGAGUGCGAUAUAGAUUACAUUCUGAGAGGGGUUGAUGUCAUUGAAUGCACUGCUGACGGCACGUGGUCCCAUGCAUCUCCAAUUUGUGAGCUUCAGAUAUUUUGCAUUCCUCCGGAAGAUGAUUAUUUUACUAUUGAAAUUUUGAAAGGUGAACAAACAAUAGAUUCAAAAUAUCCAGAAAGUUCACAAAUAUCCUACCAGUGCCCGACUGGUUAUUACUUGUUAGGAGAAACAAAAAACCUGUGCACCGCAAGCGGUACUUGGUUGCACGAUCAUCCUUCCUGUAAAGAAAUACAAUGUCCUUUAUUAAAUAUAACAGAGGCUCAAUUAGAUUCAUUGAAUACAUCCUUUGGCACAAUUGUUAAUAUAAAGUGCAAUACAGGUUUUCAACCUUCAGGCACUAUACAGCUAGAAUGUCUGAAAUCUGGUUUUUGGUCUGAUGCACCAGCAACCUGCAUGAAAAAAUUCUGCGAUAAACCAAAUAUUUCUUACUCAAAUUUUACAAAUUUAUCAGACAGUGUUUCUAAAUUUAGCUUAGAUAAAAUUGAAGUGAAAUGUUUUAAUGAUUAUAAAUUAGUUGGACCAUCGCACAUUUUUUGUGUUGAUUUAGAAUGGAAACCAAGCUUACCAUCAUGUCUUCCCAAAACAUGCCAAUUGCCAACGAUUUUUAAUGAUACUAACAUUAUUAUCAAUCAAUCAAAUAGUGAGAUGUUUCAACAAAUAACUGAUUUCACGGUGGCAAUUAAUUCUAAAUUAACGUUCUCGUGUCAUCAAAAUUACAAACUUUCCGGACGUUCCUAUGUUCUCUGUUUGUCGAAUGAAAGUUGGUCUCAUGAUUUCCCUUCAUGUGAAGAAAUUGUAUGUGAACCGCCAGUAAUAGAGAAUGGUUUCAUCGCAAGUAACGCUUCUACAAAUGUGGGAGCCAUUCUUCUUUUCAAAUGUAACGAAGGAUUUGUCAUAUCAGGAGAGGAUGUUUUGCAAUGCAUGCAAGAUGGAAUUUGGAAUUUUUCGUUUCCUGUUUGCGUCUUUCAAAUGUAUGCGGAUGAGAAUUCAGGAAUCGGAAACAGCACAACUCAAGAAAUUAAUAAUUUAUAUUUGAAUAAAUCUGAUGAGAUUACAGAAUGUUUUGAACAUUUUGAAUGCAAUUAUCGGCCAUAUUUAAAUAUUUUCAAAGAAGAAAAUGUCGAAUGCAGAUUUGGUCCAAAUGGUGAAUUUUGUGGUCUGAAACACGUGGCGUGGCACGUAAAUGAGAUAUGGAAUAAAGGAAUGACUUCAUGUAGAAAUGGCAGCAACUUAAAUUUUUCACGUAUUGCAGGCAUAUUUGUUAAUGAAGUAAAUUUUGUUUCUGAGGAAUGUACAUGCAUGUUUGACAAUACAGAAAUUAUUAAUGUUCUUCCUCUAAUAGCUGUAUUUAAUGUUGAGCCUUUUUGCAAUUCUUCAAAUAACUCUAGCUUAUCUCUUUACCAAUUAAUAAACUUCAUUGCAUUUCAAAAUAAAGAUUCAUUGAAUGUGUCGCAAGUUUUACAUUAUGGCGGUCUGGAAACAUUUAUUGAGAUGACAAACCAUUACAAAAAGUUGUUACAGGUUGAAUAUGAUUCAACAAAAUGUCAGGAUGAUGAGAUUUAUGUUGGAGAAAAAAUGAGACAUGAAAAAACUAGUGCCGAGAAAAAAUUUCAUCUUUCAUCGUUAAAAUUGCAAUGCUGUGAAGAUCAAAAAACGAACGAAACGAUGGGUCCGUUCUGUUUGGGAGGUUGCGGUUGGAACAAUUUUCAGCCGCUGCAUUCUUUUAUUUUCUUCCCAACAACUGAAAACGACUUAAAAUGUCACUCAAGUAACUCAUCUGACAUUUGUACCUAUUUGCUGUAUUCUCUUAACGAGGGAUAUUCUUCAUUGGACCUCCAAAAAAUUGGUUGUAAAUUUAAUUCAUUCUUCCAAAAUGACAAUUUAAAUUUUGUUUGCAAUUUUAAAUCAAUAUUUUCUUUUCAAAAACAAUGUAUAGAUGAAAUUGAGAAAUGUACCGAAGAACAUUCGAACAACAAAACUUCACAUAUCGACAGAAUCUCUAUAACUAAUUUGUUGUACGUUAGUAACGGUAGGUUGGUUUUAGAUGAAGCACCACACAUUCCCAUGUUAUGCAUGAACAACAAAUUAUUUUCAGUAUGCUCCUUUCUUUUAGUUGCUUCAAAUUUUGAUAAUAAUAAAAACAGUUGCUUACCCAGUUACAAAUCUCCACCAUGCAACCUUACGUCAUGCAACUCGAGUGACGAAUGUUGUUGGAUAUCUGUGGGUAGCAAGAAUCUGUCAGGCACCUUCAAAAAUCUGUCAGGCACCUUCAAAAAUCUGUCAUGCGGCUUGCCAACGCCAAUCUUAUUUGGAAAGGUGAAUUUCAACAGCACAAGCUGUAAAAAAUUAGCCCAAUAUGCUUGUGGCGCUGGCUAUUCCAUGGAUGGAAAAAAUUAUUCUGUAUGCUUAGAAAACCAAAAAUGGUCAAACUAUUCCGGUGUAUGUAAAAAAAUUAAAUGUGAAAACCCUCCCACUCCAAUCCAUGCCUACUUACUACAAAAAGAUCUCACGGCUGGCGAACACAGUUAUAUGAAAUGUGAUACUGGCUAUUUACCAAUGGGAAACAACACCCUAGCUUGUUCUUUAGAUGGAAAAUGGAUUUUGAAUGACAGUUUUUGGUGUCGUGAAAUAAAAUGCAAUUCUCCUCAAAGCAUAUUUCACGGUCAAUUUGUUGUACAUAACUUCUCAUUAAACGGGCAUGUAGAAUAUUCUUGUGAAGAAGAUUACAUUUUGAUAGGAAAUGAAAAGAGAACAUGUUUGAUUAACAGUUCUUGGAAUGGUUUUGAGCCAAGAUGUUUAUUAAAAGAAUGCGUACCUCUCAAUAAAAUUUCAAAUGGUGGAAUGAACAGCACUUCAUUUACUGUCAACAGUACUGUUGGAUAUUGGUGCAACGAAGGAUAUGAGCUUGAAGGAAAUCUUCAUCGAAUCUGCAGAAGGGAUGGUUCGUGGACCGGUUCCCAGCCUAUUUGCAGAGGUUUCAUCAGUAAAAUUAUUUAA